AUGUACACACAGCUCCCCUUUGACGAGCUUAAAGUGGAUCCCAAUCAAAAGAAAAGAAUAGCGUACUUUUACGAUGCCGAUAUAGGAAACUAUGCCUAUGGGGCUGGGCAUCCAAUGAAGCCACAUCGUAUAAGAAUGGCCCACUCACUCAUAAUGAACUAUGGGCUCUACAAGAAGAUGGAGAUCUAUCGUGCUAAACCAGCCACGAAGCAAGAAAUGUGCCAGUUCCACACUGACGAGUAUAUCGAUUUCAUAAGUCGAGUUUCUCCUGAUAAUUUGGACAUGUUUAAUAAAGAAAGCGUCAAAUUUAAUGUAGGUGACGAUUGUCCGGUAUUUGAUGGGUUGUUUGAGUAUUGUGGAAUUAGCGGUGGUGGAUCAAUGGAAGGUGCCGCAAGAUUGAAUCGAGGCAAGUGUGAUAUUGCCAUCAAUUAUGCUGGUGGAUUGCAUCAUGCAAAGAAAUCAGAAGCUUCAGGGUUUUGUUACUUGAAUGAUAUCGUAUUGGGUAUAAUUGAAUUGUUGAGAUAUCAUCCACGAGUGUUGUACAUUGAUAUUGAUGUUCACCAUGGUGAUGGUGUUGAAGAGGCAUUUUAUACGACUGAUCGAGUAAUGACAUGUUCAUUCCACAAGUAUGGUGAGUUUUUCCCCGGUACUGGUGAAUUGAGAGAUAUUGGAGUGGGGAAGGGGAAAUACCACAGUGUUAAUGUUCCUUUAAGAGACGGAAUUGAUGAUGCUACAUACAAGUCCAUUUUUGAACCAGUGAUUUCUAAAAUUGUUGAGUGGUAUCAACCAUCAGCCAUUGUUCUACAAUGUGGUGGUGACUCUUUGAGUGGUGACAGAUUGGGAUGUUUCAACCUUUCAAUGGAAGGUCAUGCCAAUUGUAUCAAUUUUGUUAAAUCAUUGAAUAUUCCAUUGAUGGUGUUGGGUGGUGGUGGAUACACCAUGAGAAAUGUAGCCAGAACAUGGGCUUAUGAAUCGGGGUUAUUAAACAAUGUGAAGUUGCCAGCAGAGUUGCCAUACAAUGAAUAUUAUGAAUAUUAUGCGCCAAACUAUACAUUGGAGGUGCGUCCAUCAAACAUGUAUAAUCAAAACUCACCCGAAUUUUUAGACAAGAUCAUGACGAGUAUUUUUACCAAUUUGGAAAACACCAAACAUGCACCAUCGGUACAAAUGAACAAUGUGCCUAAUGAUCCUGAAGAUUUAGGUGAUGUUGAGGAAGACAAUGCCGAAGCAAUUGAUACUAAAGGUGGAUCUGAAAUGAGUCGAGAUACACAAAUCCAACCAGACAAUGAGUUUUAUGAAGAGGAUGAUAAAGAUGCUGGGGAAAAGAAUAUUGAGGAAAAUGGCAAAAGCGAGGGGGGCAAUAAUGGUGAGACUACUGUUGCCGUAGAUGAAGAUGUCAAAAUGGAUGAAGAUGACAAAGAUGACACGCAGAAUAACACUAUUGAGGAUGACAAGACUAAAGAUGAAACUGUUGAUGUUUCAAUGUUGACGGAGGAAGAGUUGAAGGAAAUCGAAGCCAUGAAUGAAGCUGCAUUGAAGCAGGUAGAAUAG